AUGGCCUGUGCAGAAAAUAUUACGAUCGACAAUAAAACUAGUUCUUCUGAAUUAAAUAAUGGAUCUAACGAAGAAAUACUUUUCGAUGCUGUCGAAACAAAUAAUGUGCCUGUUGUAAAGAAUUUCGAGAAAGAUGAACUUCAACAGUUAUGUCAAAUACCUCGUAUUUUCCCUUCUGAAUGGUCAUCACCACACGAAGAACAACAAACAGCUUAUCAACGUGCAUGUCUUCUUGGUCAUAGAGACAUUGUACAGUGUAUGUUGAAUGCUGGUAUUGAAGUUGAUCAAAUGUUGUCUGGUGGCAAUUCGGGUGCUACUAUGCGUGGAGCAUUUAUGUUUGCUUGUCAAUCACGCUCGAUGGAAACAAUUCAAGCUUUACUCGACGCUGGGGCACCUGUUAAUAAAUUCGGUUCGUGUUCUCUCGCCUAUGCUAACUCAUUUCUACACAGUAUUUCUGCUUCUUAUCCGUACGAAAUUCUGUUAGUAUCUUGGGAGAAUCUAUAUCCUAUUCAUUAUGCCAUUGUCGAUAAUAAUCUCCAAUUAUUACAAAAACUGAUUACUCCUGAUACACUCAAGUUAGUAACAAAUAAAUGGUUCACUCCUUUGCAUAUAGCAUGUCUUUUCAAUCGAUCUAUAACAAUGAUUGAUCUAUUGCUUUCUUAUGGAGAUGCUAAUGCUGCAAUAAUAACCAAAACAGGUGAUAGCAAAUUUCCCGAUGACCUAGCAACGGAUUCAACAAUAAUUGAAUAUCUUCGACCUACUCGCAUGUCCAUUUACAAAGAGCAGGAGAAGAAAAACGAACAUGAUUUAAAGUCACUUGAAGUAGGAACUAGUUUUCAAAUUUUUAUUACUAGUCUUGUAGGUACAACUUUGACAAUUAUUGUUUCGGCAGAGGAUACUGUCGAAGAUUUGAAGGCAAAAAUUCAAGACAGGAACGGUAUUCCACCUGAUAAACAACGAAUUAUAUACGCAGGAAAGCAACUAGAAGAUGGUCACACACUUUCCGACUACAAUAUUUCAAAAUAUACUACACUUCAUUUGGUAGUUAAGGUGUAUGGUGGAUACAGUCAUUAA